AAAAAAUAAAAAAAUAAAAGAAAGAUCGGCGUGUUGGGGUUCAAUUAAAUAUAUUUAAUAGAAUAAAAUUGCAUAGACUUAAUAAUAAUAACUUGAAAAGUGUUAAAGAAUGGAAUUCUUAGAAUAUAAUGAUGUCUCAGCUGAGAUAAAAGGUGCCAUGGUGCCUGGGAAAAUAAAAAUGACAGAUCAGAACAUAGUAUUCAAAAACAGUAAGACUGGUAAAGUUGAACAGAUAUCUGCUAAUGAUAUUGAACUUGUGAAUUUUCAAAAAUUUAUUGGAUCUUGGGGCUUGAGAGUGUUUAUGAAAAAUGGAACUCUGCACAGAUAUGGUGGUUUUAAAGAAGGUGAACAGGAAAAAGUAGCAAAAUUCUUCAAAGCAAACUACAAAAAGGAUAUGUUGGAAAAAGAACUAUCUCUGAAGGGCUGGAAUUGGGGCACAGCUAAAUUCAAUGGAGCAGUGCUCAGUUACAAUGUGGGCACGCACACAGCUUUCGAGAUACCCUUACAUUAUGUCUCUCAGUGCAAUACAGGCAAAAAUGAAGUCACACUUGAGUUUCAUCAGAAUGAUGACACACCGGUGUCACUCAUGGAGAUGCGGUUCCACAUACCGACCAACGAGCUGGCCGGCGACCUGGACGCGGUGGAGGCGUUCCACCAGCAGGUGAUGAACAAGGCCAGCGUCAUCUCUGUCUCCGGGGACGCCAUCGCUAUCUUCAGGGAGCUCCAAUGCCUUACUCCUCGUGGUCGUUACGACAUCAAAGUGUUCCAGACGUUCUUCCAACUGCACGGUAAAACAUUCGACUACAAGAUACCCAUGUCGACUGUGCUCCGACUGUUCCUCCUGCCGCACAAGGACACGAGGCAGAUGUUCUUCGUGGUGUCUCUGGACCCGCCCAUCAAGCAGGGACAGACCAGAUACCACUACUUGGUACUGCUGUUUGGUAUUGAAGAGGAAACUAGUCUGGAACUGCCGUUUACAGAGGAGGAAUUAAAGGAGAAAUACGAGGAUAAGAUCACAAAAGAGUUAUCCGGACCAACUUAUGAAGUGUUAGCAAAAAUUAUGAAAGUGAUCAUCAACAGGAGGGUGACUGGACCUGGCAACUUUCUGGGGCACCACAAGACGCCGGCCGUGGCGUGCUCGUACAAGGCGGCGGCGGGCUACCUGUACCCGCUGGAGAAGGGCUUCAUCUACGUGCACAAGCCGCCGGUGCACAUCCGCUUCGAGGAGAUCGCCUCCGUCAACUUCGCCAGGGGCGGCGCCUCCUCCACCAAAUCGUUCGACUUCGAAAUAGAGUUGAAGCAGGGCAGCGUUCACACAUUCAGCAGCAUAGAGAAGGGAGAGUACGACAAACUGUUCGAUUACAUCACCUCCAAAAAGCUUCAUGUCAAGAACACCGGCAAAAAUGACAAGGCGUUGUACGACGACGACUUCGGCGACUCGGACACGGAGAAGGAGCCGGACGCGUACCUGGAGCGCGUCAAGGCGGAGGCCAAGGAGCGCGACUCGGACGACAGCGACAGCGAGAGCACCGACGAGGACUUCAACCCCGACAAGGCCAAGGAGAGCGACGUCGCUGAAGAGUACGACACCAACCCUUCGUCGUCAGAAGACUCGGACGCGUCAGGUGGUUCUGGAGACAGCAAGAAGGAGAAGAAGAAAGAGAAGAAACCGAAGAAGACCAUCACUAUUUCGGAAGCGCCGCGCAAACGCAAGGAGAAGACGAAGAAGCGCGAGAAGGACGCCAACGCGCCCAAGCGGCCGGCCACGGCCUUCAUGCUGUGGCUCAACGAGAACCGCAAGAAGAUCAUCGAGGACAACCCCGGCCUCAAGGUCACGGAGGUCGCCAAGAAGGGCGGCGAGCUGUGGCGCGACCUCAAGGACAAGCCUGACUGGGAAGAGAAAGCCAACAAGGCCAAAGAGGAGUACAACCAGGCGAUGAAGAAGUACCAAGAAAGCGGUGCGGCGGACGAGUUCAAACAGAAGAAGAAACAAGCGGAUAAGGAACGCAAGGCUGCGGAGAAGAGAUCGAAGGCCCCGGCGCCGGCGAGCAAGAAGGCGAAGAACACCAGCGCUGGCUCCGGCUCUGGGAAGUUCACCAGCAAAGAGUAUAUAGAGGACGACGACAGUUCUUCUGACUCUGACAAGGAGAAGAAAGACAAGAAGGACAAAGAUAAGAAGGAGAAGAAGGACAGCAAAGAUAGCAAAGAGUCAAAGAAGGAAAAAGCAAAGGCGAAGUCAUCAUCAGAGGCCGAAGCUUCGUCAGGUUCUGCAGACGAGAGCGGCAGUGGGAGCGAUUAGCACAUACUUACGUAGUCUAGAUUACCUUUAAGAAUUUAAUCUCGUGAUAUUAAGUUACUGUUAAGUGUAGGAUUUAAUAAAAAAUCAUGUUAAAAACA